AUGGGUGAGGAUUUUGCCAUGCUGCAGCGGCCAGUUUUAAAAACCCUCAGUAUCAUACAGAUAGUCAGCAGGAAAUUUGUUGAACCUGUGGAACAAAGUGCCAUGAUGGUGCAAAAGAAACCAGUUAAUACAGGAAAUGUAGGAGUUGGAAAUGCAGAAAAUAGAGGAAAUACAGUGAAUGCAGCUGGUUACAAGCCUGGGAAUUACAGGCACAUGGACCUCAAAGAAGGUUGUUUCGAGCUUAUCGGAUACCCGGAAUGGUGGGAAGGACUUAAAGAGAGGAAGAAAGCAGAAGCCUCUGGUAGAAAUGUGGCAAAUCUUGCAGAAACACCUUUUGAUCAAGAAUCAGGUUUACAGUCAAACAGUGAGAUUAUGAUGGCAAUGAUGAGGUUUAUGCAACAGGAAAUGUCAAAGAUGAUGAAAGGAAAAUCAGUGGGAAAGGAAGGUGAUCAAGCCAACUUUGCGCAUUUUCACGAGUUUGCAGCUUCUUCUCCUGAUCCUCAACAUGAUGUUGAUCCCAUUGUGGACAAUCCACCUCUCACUGCUUCUCCGAGGAUCGAUCAAUCUCAUUCUAAUCAAACUGAUCAUGGUCCAUCUCUGUCAUCUCAACCUGAUCCUAUUCCUUCUCACAAUCAAGAACCUCUUCGAAGAAGUACUCGAUCCACAAAACCACCAAGCUGGUUACAAGACUUUCAUACGGAUCGUGCACAUUUUGCACAUCCUCUUUCUACUACUUUCCUUCCUCAUCCUGACUCUUCUCCUUACACACCUAAUACAUAUCCAUACACCAUGCCAUCUAACUUCUCUGCAACCCACAUGUCUUUUCUAGCACAGAUCACUCCGCAGCCUAUAAAAUUGAAAUUCUCGGAACCUAAUGGUAGCAGUAGUAAAGACUCAAAGAUCAUCGAUAAUAAAGAACCCUCAGCUAGCUCUCCUCCGCCACCUCCGCCGCAAGCACCCCCUCAUGCGCUAAAAAGCGCACUAAAGCGUUCAAAGACAUCUUCUCAAGAAGAACCGAAACCUGAAGUGGCAUCGUCUGGAAAAAGAUUGAGAUUUAAAACGUCAACUGAUGCCUCGGAGGCGAAAGUGAUAGAGGCUAUGAAAAAGAUUGCAUCCCAUAUAAAGAAUCCUUCCAAAUUUAGCAAGGCUAUUCAGGCAGGCAGCGUGAAGCCUGCAACUAGUGAUCACUUCUUUGCUAUACUUGAGGUUGCAAUGUCAUCGCCCACUGCUUGCAAUGAGGCUUCUCUACGAGCUGACUAUCAUCCUUUGUUCUCUGCAGCCCAAGAUGCAGCUGAGUUCUUUAAUAACAAGCAGAAGAACCUCUUGAGGACAUGGACGAUAAGGGCUGUUGUGGCAAAUGAUCUUCUCACUGAUGAUAGCUUUCUGUUUUCAAAAGCUUCUGGGAGGGCCGAUGGAGUUAACUCAAGUUCUGUGGAUGAAGGAAGGGUUAAAGAGCCUGAUCCUUUUGGGCUUGAUGCUCUAAUUCCUGGUACAUCUAGAAACGAAGAUAGAAUGACGGGAAAGAAAGAGGCGAUUAAAACUAAAGCAUUAGAAGAGGAAGAAGCCAAGAAAUUUCUCCGAAGACAGAGGGAAGCAUUAUUUACCUGUCUGGAAACUUCAGCACGGCGCCAUAAAACCCCGUGGUGCCAAACAGUUAUUAACAUCUUAUCUUAG